CAUUUGGAUCCAAGGUUGGCGGUGAUGUUGGCUAUGAUUGCUAAGUUUCCUUUGGUAAUACUGUGUUACCGCGUUUGGAGCGCAUUUGGGCCCUAUUUGCGUCUUGAACGCACACAGCAAUACUAUGAGUAGAAAAAGACCGAUAUAGCCACAAAAUCAUCAAGUUAUUAAUAUAAUACGGUCGAUAAAUCAGAAUAUGAUAUAUUAUGUAACUUCAUCUGCUUAAAACUAAAUAGGUGGAUUGUGUGUGGCUUAUAUUAGCAAAUUGAGUAUAUUUAUUAUACUAGUGUAGAUUGCGUAGCAAAGCAACGCUUUGCACAGAGUCGAUAUACAUGGGCGACGCUAUCGAUAUUCAAAUAUAGCAUAGCACAAGUAGGCUGUGAUCCAACUUCUUCAGUUCCUCUUACGACAACGCGGCAACUGGUAAGCCAUUGUUACGUCGCAGCUAACAGGCCAUUGCGCCGGGUGAUUUCUUGUAACAAUCUAAGAUGUGCACAUUGGCUAUCCUGCCAGGUUUUUCAGAAAAGCUAUGAACCUGAUAAGAAAAGAUUAUUCAUUCUUUUAUUACUAGAAAUCACCCGAGCACUGGUUAACGCAAGUGAUCAAAUAAAGUUUAACCUACGAAGUGUUGAAAUUGUGUGCCUCAUCACGCGUGUGCAUGCGCAGAAAGUGAAAAAAGUUCUACUCCAGCAAAUACAUUUCCAACCAGCAAACGCACCUCAUCACCUCCACGUGUACGGCGUGCCAGCGCAUUAUUGAAGUGAAAACUUUUCGGUAAGAAUUCUUUAAUUUUCACUUAAUCUCUUAAAACUGAUACUGUGAUAGUCAAGAUUCUACACAACGCGUGUGCAAGCGCGUUCCAAAGUGAAAAAAAAGAGGAUUGUGAUACCGAAAUUUUCAUCUAUUCCAUUAAACAUCUUUGUCGUGACACGUGAGUGAAAGCACGAUUCGGAAAUAUUAAUGUAAGUAGCCCUAACAGGAGAAGGCGAAAAUUAAAAAAAAGUCCCGUUUGGGUUGCAAACACAUACCCUUUAAACACAGGCACGUUGCGCAUAAAAGCAUUUUUUUCUUUGUGCUAAUUGCAAGCUGAAAAAAAUGCUCUACGUUACCAUGGGUACCGUAAUAUGGCAUGUCUACUGAGAUCUUAUUUCAUUCUUCAAAUUCAAAUGUGCUAUAAAAAUUAUGGAUGGUGGUUGCAUUCGCUAAACAUUAUGGAAUGCUAAAAGCAAUUCAAGCAUAAGAAUAAUCAUACAGUGCCUUCCCGAUUUAAAACCCAUCCUCUGAAUGUAGAAAAAAAUCAAAAUAAGGAAAAUGCAAGUUAUUAAUUUUCAGUUUUGUUUGAUGAUUGAUAACAUUUGAAUAAGUAAACACAUACGUAGUGAAUGAAAAAAAAUAAAUUUUACAAAACACGUUUGAUUUCGAAAGCAAUUUGGCUUAAGAUCAUUUAACGUGUCCGUGUCUUAACUACCAAUUUGUGCUAUGGUGACAAAUUGACAAAAUAUUUUUCAAAACGUGACCGGAUGUCCGAAAUUUUGAUACAACGCAACCGGAAGUCCUUUGAAUUAUUAACUCAUUUGAUCAUUCUGCGCUAUGGCUGCAAAUAUGACAUUUUAUCUAAAGCGUAACUGGAUGUCUGCAAUAUUUAAACAACGCGACCGGAAGUCCGUUGAAUUGUUGACUACUUUGAAUAUUUUGUGCUGCGGUCACAAAUUUAAAAUAUUGUCCAUAGCGUGACCGGAAGUCCGUUAAAUUGUUGACUCAUUUGAAUAUUUUGCGCUAUGGCCGCAAAUAUGAAAUAUUGUCCAAUGCGUGACCGGAUGUCCGCAAUAUUGAUCCACCGUGACCGGAAGUCCGUUAAAUUGUUGACACAUUUGAAUAUUCUGCGCUAUGGCCGCAAAUAUGAAAUAUUGUCCAAUGCGUGACCGGAUGUCCGCAAUAUUGAUCCAACGUGACCGGAAGUCCGUUAUAUUGUUGACUCAUUUGAAUAUUCUGCGCUAUGGCCGCAAAUAUGAAAUAUUGUCCAAUGCGUGACCAGAUGUCCGCAAUAUUGAUCCAACGUGACCGGAAGUCCGUUAAACUGUUGACUCAUUUGAAUAUUCUGCGCUAUGGCCGCAAAUAUGAAAUAUUGUCCAAUGCGUGACCGGAUGUCCGCAAUAUUGAUCCACCGUGACCGGAAGUCCGUUAAAUUGUUGACACAUUUGAAUAUUCUGCGCUAUGGCCGCAAAUAUGAAAUAUUGUCCAAUGCGUGACCGGAUGUCCGCAAUAUUGAUCCAACGUGACCGGAAGUCCGUUAUAUUGUUGACUCAUUUGAAUAUUCUGCGCUAUGGCCGCAAAUAUGAAAUAUUGUCCAAUGCGUGACCAGAUGUCCGCAAUAUUGAUCCAACGUGACCGGAAGUCCGUUAAACUGUUGACUCAUUUGAAUAUUCUGCGCUAUGGCCGCAAAUAUGAAAUAUUGUCCAAUGCGUGACCGGAUGUCCGCAAUAUUGAUCCACCGUGACCGGAAGUCCGUUAAAUUGUUGACACAUUUGAAUAUUCUGCGCUAUGGCCGCAAAUAUGAAAUAUUGUCCAAUGCGUGACCGGAUGUCCGCAAUAUUGAUCCAACGUGACCGGAAGUCCGUUAAACUGUUGACUCAUUUGAAUAUUCUGCGCUAUGGCCGCAAAUAUGAAAUAUUGUCCAAUGCGUGACCGGAUGUCCGCAAUAUUGAUCCAACGUGACCGGAAGUCCGUUAAAUUGAUGACUCAUUUGAAUAUUCUGCGCUAUGGCCGCAAAUAUGGAAUAUUGUCCAAAGCUUGACCGGAUGUCCGCCAUUUAGAUCUGAGCAUGACCAGAAGCAUGUAAAUUGUCAUUUUGUUCAAACAUUUUGUGCUAUGGCCAAAAUUCCUGACCGGAUGUCCACUGUUUUGACUGUACCAUGAAAAAAAUGACUUGUUGAAUAUUCUGUGCAAUCGAAUUGCCGAAUAUAACUAAUUUUGAAAAACACAUGUUUCAGAACGUGGAACAACACGAAAUGGCGAACGAAGGCAAAUAUGUUCGAGCUCCGAAGGACUCCGACCCAGAGUGGCUGGUUCAGUCGGACUCCGCGUCCUUGGAGGCAUCAGGAUCGUCAGCUAGCAUUCCUGAUUCGAAAAUCGAUGAAUUCGAUGACAGAAGUGAAAAAAGUUUCAGUUCAAACAUUACGAGUGACUCCCUUCCGCUAACGAGUGGACUGAACUAUAGUGAUCAUCCUACGCCAACCCAAACUGACGGUGGUAACAAAAGCGACCAGAAUACUAACGAGCGUCUUGAUAGAAUGGAGAAUGUGCUCUCAGGCAUAACGAAAGCAUUGAAUUCCAUGCAAACAAUGCGGCCCAUCCGGUAUGAUCCCGAUGAGGAUUGGUCUGCCGCUGUCGCACCUAGAAAUCCUCCCGAGAGCAGUUUUUCGAGCGUACGUUGAGAGAAUAUCAGGCCUUUUCCGGCAGGAGUAGCGGCUAACCAGAUGUGGGAGGAGUGGAAUCGCUACAUUGAAAACUUUGAAAUGGCAGCGACCCUCAGCAAUGCAAACGAUCCUGUGAGACGGUCACAAUUGUUGUUCCUUUCGAUGGGAACCGAAUUACAAGGCAUCGUGAGAGCCGCCAAGCUAAGGCCGAGCCUGACCGAUGCCAACUGCUACCAAAAGUUUGUGGCCAACAUCGGUAACUAUUUCCAAUCCAUGACUGACGCAUCUGCAGAGCACGAAGCAUUUUCUAACAUGAAACAGUUGAAGACGGAGAAUGCUGUGGCGUUUCAUGCCCGCCUGAUGGCAAAAGUUCGGCUGUGUGGAUACAGCCCCACCGACCACGACAGAUUUGUGCGAUCGCAGCUUUUAAAGGGAUUGAGAAACAAGGACUUGGUGAGGGCCGCAAGGACCUACGGACACGACACCAAUUACAUUGUACAGGCAGCAACUCGGGACGAGGCCUACGAAGCGGAGACAACGACCCCUGAUAACAAGGAACCGCUGGCAGUUAACCGUGUACACCGAACCACCUCAGUACAAGAUUCGAUAAAGAAACGUUCGAGAGCAGACAACGGAGGGCCACAACCAAAACGGUCACGGACCAAUCAGUACGCGGAACGACGAUCCACUCAGGACCGAGGACGUCGUAGUCGUUGUCGACGAUGCAAUGGUCGAACGCAUUCCAAUUUGCCAUGUCCAGCUUUGAGCCGAAACUGCAAUUUUUGUGGUGAACAAGGUCACUACGCAAUCACUUGCCGUCGAGCCCACGUUCGGCAGGUCCAGGUCAAAAGUAGUGCAUCACCUACACGAGAAGACGAUGAUCAGAUGGACCAAACACAGUACGUAAACGCGCUAUCUCUUGCAGACGUUUUAGUGGAAUGUUGUAUUGGCUCGUCUAGUCCCAUCCAAAUGCUUAUCGACUCCGGCGCGGACGUUAACGUUAUCGGGGGUAAAGAUUGGCUUCGCCUUGAGCAAGAGUACAAGGCAGGAUUGGCCAAUCUCAAGUUUGUUGAACAGUCGAACCCUAAAGAUCUCCGUGCAUAUGGUACACACAGUCCUAUGAAAGUAGAAUGCAUAUUUCAAGCACAGAUUGUUGCAGUGGAACGCAAAGCACCUGCCAUUCAAGCGAUAUUCUACGUUGUACGCAACGGAACAAGAUCGUUGUUAGGUCGAUCAACGGCUAGUGAUAUGGGAAUAUUGCACGUUAACGCAACGGUUAACCAUCUAGACAAACUAAACGAUCUAACCGUCUUUCCUAAAGUACCUGGAGUCAAGGUAAAAUUUAGCGUUGAUGAAACAGUACCACCCGUCCGAAAUGCGUACUAUAACGUUCCUGCGGCAUUUCGAGAAGCAGCCAAGAAUCGACUGGCGGAAAUGGAAUCACAGGGUAUUAUCGAAAAAGUCACCAGUGCAUCCAACUGGAUUAGCGGUAUGUCCGCAGUUGCCAAGGGAAAGGACGAUUUUCGCCUCGUGGUCAAUAUGCGUGGUCCAAACAGAGCAAUCAAUCGAGAAUACUUUCGUCUCCCAUUGCUCGAAGAGAUGAAAGUGCAACUCCAUGGGUCCAAAUUCUUUGCCAAACUCGAUCUCAAAAACGCUUUCUAUCAUCUCGAACUUCAUCCCGAAUCUCGUGAUCUAACAACAUUCCUAACGGAAAAUGGUAUGUACCGAUUUACCAGGUUGAUGUUCGGGGUGAACUGUGCCCCCGAAAUCUUCCAAAGGGAAAUGACACGGAUCCUUAAGGAUGUUAAGAACAAAAUCGUCUACAUCGACGAUGUUCUUAUGUUUGCGAGUUCGCUGGAAGAUUUGCGUAAAACUGUGUGCGAUGUGUUGGAAAGGUUGCGGUCAAACAAUCUAACUUUAAACGCUGCCAAAUGUGAGUUCGACAAAACUCGCCUGAAAUUCUUAGGUUACGAACUCGACGAACACGGUUUUCACGUUGACGAUGCGAAAAUCAAAAGCAUUCAACAGUUUCGAGAGCCCAGUACGAUAUCUGAAUUGCGCAGUUUUCUCGGAUUGGCUUCUUUCAUCAGUCCUCACGUGAAGCAUUUUGCGGACAUCACAAGCCCCUUAUGGGAAAUUAUUGCCAGUAAAUCCUGGACAUGGGGAGCUAAACAGAGCGCCGCGUUUAACACGGUUAAAGAACAGAUUAUAAAAUGCUGUGUUACACUGGGAUUUUUCUCCGAAGACGACAAAACGAUUCUGUACACAGACGCCUCACCUGUAGCACUUGGCGCCGUUUUGGUACAGGAAGAUUUGCAAGGCAAGUCAAGAAUCAUUAGUUUUGCGUCUAAAUCCCUUACCAUUACGGAGAGAAAAUACGCUCAAAACCAACGAGAGGCUCUUGGAGCAGUCUGGGCCGUCGAACAUUUUUCGUUCUUUUUACUCGGUCGACACUUCACGCUGCGAACUGAUGCUCAGGGAGUAUCAUUUAUUUUGAAUCGAUCUCGUGAGGACUCCAAGAGAGCUCUCACACGAGCCGAUGGUUGGGCGCUACGGUUGAGUCCUUACAACUACACGGUGGAAUACGUACGGGGCGCGGAUAAUAUCGCUGAUCCUUCAUCACGAUUGUAUAGUGGAGAAGACAAGCCAUUCGACGAGGAAAACAGCCCAUGGGAGAUUGCAAGCCUGGAAGCAAACACCAUUGAGUUCGUCACGGAAAACGAAAUAAAGGCAGCUACAUCUGAAGACAAAACCCUUCAAGAAGUCAUGGACGCUCUCAAGUCUGGACAUUGGCCAAGACACUUGCGAAGAUACCAGCUUUUCGAAAACGACUUAGAUACUCGAAAUGGUAUGCUAGUGAAAACCGGUUGCGUGAUUAUCCCUGAAACCCUUCGAAAACGGACGUUGGAAGUGUCGCACCAAGGCCAUCCUUCAGCCGCCAAGCAUAAGAGUAUCUUGAGACAGCGUGUGUGGUGGCCCGGAAUGAAUCAGGAUGCUCAAAAGUGGGUAGACGCGUGUGCAACUUGCGCUGUUAAUGGUAGACCCGAAAAACCGACCCCAAUGCAACGUAUCUUUGCUCCAAAAGCAGUGUGGGAGACCAUCGCCUUGGAUUUCAACGGCUCAUACGCGAGGUUCGGUGGAAUCUCCAUCUUAGUUGUCGUUGAUUACAAAUCGAGGUAUUUAAUAGCUCGGCCGGUAAAAUCCACUAGCUUUGAACAAGUCAAGAAGGUUCUCGAGGAUGUGUUUGAAAGAGAGGGCACUCCAAAGUUUAUCAAAUCAGAUAAUGGCCCUCCUUUUAACGGCCAGGACUACAAAACCUACUGUGAGAGUCGCGAUAUCACCACAAUUUUCUCAACCCCGCUAUUUCCACAACAAAACGGUCUGGUAGAAAGCUACAUGAAGCUAAUAAAUAAAGCCAUGGCAAGCGCUACACUGAACGGAACGAGUUACGUCGAAGAGUUGAGUAUGGCAAUCCAGGCUCACAACGCAGCAUGCCACAGUGUAACCCAAUAUCCUCCGGAGGAAAUCAUGACAGGUCGAAAAAUCAAAAGAUGUCUUCCAUUGGUCACUUUUGAAAAAACCUCAGUCAAUGAAGAACUAUUUUCUAAAAGAGAUCGAGAGGCGAAAGAAGCAGGAAAGAAACGGGAAGACCAACGACGAGGAGCCCGACCUUGCCGAAUCAAUCCUGGAGACACCGUAAUAGUCGAACGGCAUACACACAGCAAGGGAGAAUCGAGAUUUUUACCGCGGCGGUACACCGUAGUUGAAGUAAAGAACGGUAACUUAACACUGAACGAUGAAGACGGCAAUGUGUUGAAGCGGCACGUAUCACAAACCAAAAAGGUAUCUCAGUGGCGCAUCGAAGAAACACCAUCAGAUCCUAACAGCCGGGACAGUCCUGAAAACUCACUCCAGCUCACUUCAGCACUCGGUCCUAGAAGCAUUCGGGAAAGAAAGGCGCCAUCGUACCUGCAAGAAUACGUCCGGUUGGUUGAUGAUGAUUUGUAAGUAUAAUUAACGAUAAUUAAGAGUAUCUUAUUUUACAAAAAAACUGCACAUUUGUAUACCUACCUUCCAAAACGUGACUGCUAAAUAAAUUGAACUCUCUAUUCGUUUGCAUAUACGUUUGAGGAAUCGGCAGAAAUGAUUCCCAACAAGUGCAUAACAAUUUA